AUGGCUCUAGAACCUAUUAAUUGUACCAGUCACUCGAGAGAGAUCGAAGAAGCAUACCUCAAGGUGGUCAGAGGUGAGGAUAAUGACACUACAUGGUUGAUCAUAUCCCCAAACGAGAAGAAAGAAUAUACUCCAGCUUUUGUUGGUUCUGAAUUUAGCGAAUUCUUGGAGACCUUUGAUGAUGCCAAAGUGCAGUUCGGUAUGGCUCGCGUUUCUCCACCGGGAUCUGAUGUUGAGAAACUAAUCUUGAUCGGAUGGUGCCCUGAUUCUGCCCCAAUGAAGACUAGAGCUUCCUUUGCUGCCAAUUUCGGUACUGUGGCUAACCAAGUCUUGAAGGGCUACCAUGUGCAGGUGACUGCUAGAGAUGAGGACGAUCUGGAUGAGAGGGAGCUAUUGCAAAAAAUUAGUAAUGCUGCAGGUGCUCGUUACUCUAUUCAGAUGAACACUGAUAAGUCGAAGCCACCAGCGAGACAGCAUAAGGUUUCCUCACCUCGUCCUACGCCUUCUAAACCAGUGACCAAACAAGAACCAACCCCUCCAGCUGAAUCUAAACCUGUUCCUGCUGAGACAGACGACUGGAACGAACCAGAAGUGGAGGAGCGUGAUUUUGAUAAAAACCCAUUGAAGUCCAAUCAAUCGACUUACAAGCCUAUUGGUAAGGUCGACUUGCAAAAAGUGAUUGCUGAAGAGAAGGCUAAGGAAGAUCCACGUCUUGUGAGCUCUACGGGUGCUUCAAGUAAGAUCGCUCCAGAAGCUGAUAUUGCCCGUUUAAAGCAAGAAUCCAAGUUGAAAAGAGAUAAUGAAAUAGAUAAGUUCCUGGGUACCAAACCGCCAGUUGGUUCUACUCCUAAAAAGAAUGACGACCUAGUUAUCAAGGGAUUCAAGAAUGAAAAGAGCCCUGCGCAACUAUGGGCUGAGAAGAAAGCUGCUUCAGUAUCUUCCUCUGAAACUCCCGAGAAGAAACCUGCGCCAUCAGUCACUGAAGAUAAGGAGGAUGCAGAGGAGGAGGAUGAGGAAAAGGACGUCAGCGAUUUGAAGUCUAAGUUUGAGAAAUUGGGCGCCAGCAGCGAGCCACCUAUCAUAACCCCGAGACCAGCCUCUUCAAAACCUCCUGCCCCUGAACGUGAAACCGUUCCAUCAGCUAAAUCUGGUCACAAGCAGAUUGGUACCCCAUUGCCAGGCAUGCAUCAAGAGAUCUCCAAUGAUGACGAAGAAGAGAGUGACGGCAGUGACUGGGAUGACGACGAGCCAAGCGCACCAAAACUACCUUCAAGGACUGAAGAGCCUGCACAAAAAGAGGAAACUCCAGUAUCACAGAUGCCUCCACCUCCAUCACACAAAGAGCCUGAAGUUGCUGAACCUGAAGAGCAGGAACAGGAGGAAGAAGAGGAAGAAGAUGUUGAGGCAACUGAGGAGGCUCCAGCACCUACAUUGCCUUCAAGAAAUGCUGCCGCUCCACCACCUCCAGCAAGAAGGUCCGUGGAGCCACCAAAGCCAGCUGCUCCUUCUGCAACAGCAGAAUAUGACUACGAAGCUGCUGAGGAGAAUGAACUGACGUUUAACGAAAAUGACAAAAUCAUCAACAUCGAUUUUGUCGAUGAUGACUGGUGGCUAGGUGAGUUGGAAAGAAACGGUGAAAAGGGUUUGUUUCCAAGCAACUACGUAACGCUUGACUAG